AUGUCUAAUGUCAAUAAAAUCUGUCAUUGUCAUAUUUGUUACCAAUAGUGGAAGACCGAUUUUUUAUAAAUGCGAAACGUUAUUUGUCGAUAUAAGUCGUGUUAUCGUAUAAUAAACUUGGUACAAAUAUGUAAUAGAAUCUCAGUUAUGGAAUAAUCGUAAUACUACCAUAUAUACAGCUCUUGAAAACGUUCCACCUUCGGCUAAUCCAUUCACUUUCUCGAAUCACGAUCUGGAAUCUUUCUACCACGAACAUUCUCCAGGGAAGCUAAAGUAAAUACAAUUAUGUCUUCUUUACCAAUUGUGUCGAUUACCCGGCGUGAAACUUUCAGUUCUUGUCACAGACUUCACAGCCCAUUCCUGAAUGAUGAAGAGAAUAAGAAGCUUUAUGGAAAAUGUAACAACCCAAAUGGUCAUGGUCACAACUAUGUUGUACUGGUAACUGUGAAGGGCCCUGUCGACCCUCAAACAGGCAUGGUAAUGAAUGUCCAUGAUCUCAAACAGUAUAUGCAAAUGGCCAUCAUGGAUCCAUUGGACCACAAGAACUUAGACCAGGAUGUACCUUACUUCAAAGCUGUGGUAAGCACAACUGAAAACUUAGCUAUAUUCAUAUGGGAUCAGCUCCAGAAAGUGAUGGAGAAGCCCCAGUUACUGCACGAAGUUAAGAUUUUGGAGACUGAAAAGAACCACGUGGUGUACCGCGGCGGUACGACCUUCCCGCGCAAGAAAUACAACUCCUCAAGCCUGCAUCCCAACCCCAACCAUCAUGACGUUUCGUCCGACUCUGACUGAUAUUUAACAAAAUUAUGACGAUUUAUAAGGGCGGUGGUUUUGACAAAAGAUAACGAUCGUUAUGUUUUACCGAUAAACAGACAAUCUUCGGUACUAUCUGCUUCCACCAAAGUGAUAUUGGCGGAAUAGCUUACUAAUUAAUCCAGUUGGCAUUAAUCAAAGAAGUGCUACUUGUGCGAUUAUAACUAAAUUAACUGUUAAAAUUUUAUCAAACUUAUGUUGAUCAUCGCCCCUAGACGCCUUUAUAUUGCCAUUAUUGCCAAUGUAAUUUUUAUAACUAUUUUUCUAUAUGUGCUUUAUGUAAAUUUAAGAAAAGGCAUUCCAUAGUAGCAUCUAUUUUAUAAGUGUAUUUACAUGAUUGUGUACUAUCUAUCUUCUCAAUUCACCUUGAUAACAAUUAACAUUGUAAUGAUGUUACCUAACCACUAUUUUGUUACUUAAGAAAAACAUUCUUAAGAGACUAAAUACUGAAUAGGUACUGUAUACAGUGUUUAUUGGGGAGGCCCUAUAAAGUUUAAUAAAGUAUAUUCAGUUUAA